AUGGCGCCCGCUUCCACCAAUACUGGAAUUCCGAAAGACUCUUGGGUUCUGGUCACUGGUGCCAACGGCUAUGUGGCCUCUCACACGGCGGAUCAACUUCUGCAGCAGGGCUACAGAGUCCGUGGAACUGUACGGGACCCAUCCAAGAGCCGAUGGAUUGAACACUUGUUCCAUAAGAAAUAUGGAGCCGACCGGUUCGAGCUAGUCAGGGUUGAGGACAUGACUGCGCCUGGGAUAUCUGGCGUGGCCCACGUCGCAACCAUCCUGGGCCACACACCCGACUUAAUCAAAGGCGUUGUCAGUACGAAUCGUAGCCUCCUUAUCAGUGCAGCGAGAGAAGACACAAUAAAGCGAUUCGUAUACACUUCCUCGUCCGAGGCAGCAACCUUCUCAUCCUUCUCGGAGCACCAAGCGGGGCCAAACAUGUCUAUAUCCGCAGAUACGUGGAAUAAAGAGGCUGUCCGCAGAAGCCAGACCAACGUCAUGAGUCCGAAAAAAGGCUUCGACAUAUACGCCGCCAGCAAGACGCUGGGUGAGCAGGAGAUAUGGAAGUGGGCAGCAGAGAAUCGCCCGGGGUUCGUUAUAAAUACGGUCCUGCCCUCUGUAUGCUUCGGGGCCUCCAUCGAUGCUAAGUCUCAGGGCCAUGCCUCAUCAUCUGGCUGGCCCGCAGCUAUCUUUCGUAAUCAGUUUGAUCAGGUCUGGUCAUUCCUGCAGCACAUCAUACCUACAGGCGCCUACUGCGUUGAUGUGGAGGAUGUUGCACUUCUCCAUGUGGCGGGUCUAACCCACCCGGAAGUGAAGAAUGAACGUCUCUUCGCUUUUGGAAACCCUUUUACAUGGCACGAAGUCGUAUCCACAUAUCAGAAAGCUUUCCCCGACCGUGAAUUUUCAAGCGAACUGCCAGGUGCGAACAAGAUGGUUCAUUAUGACAUCGGGCCGGAUGCCCGUGCGCAGGAUUUACUGAGGGUAAUGGGGAAGCCUGGGUGGUCUACCUUGGACACUCUGAUUGCAAAUGUAUCGGACAUGCUAUAG